AGUCUUCCGCUAACUGCCUCAACUGUCGCUCCCAAUGCUGGCUUGAACAUCUGCCCCAGAAUAUUGCCUCCCCAAAACAGGCAGAGGCAAGGGAGUCACAUCACCCUUCCACCCAAUGGAGCAUCUUUCUCACUGAUGUGCAUUCAGCACGGACGAUGCUUACGGGGCCACGUGAUAACUCGACUCUUCCACCUCCUGAGGUUCUGCAGCCACCAGUGAAGUUCCAUUGUGCAGCCAGCUGAGGCCACUUUGCCACUGUGGGCAGCCGUCAUCCAACAGCCACAACACCAGGUGACUUUUGAUUUUGUGGUGGUGUCGAGGAGGAGGAUGUUGGGGGCCCUGGAGCUAAGUUGAGGGCUCAGUCUGGGCCCUGUCUGGGUAGGAGGCUGCUGGAACACCUUCAGGAAUGGUUCUGAAUUUCCCGAAGGAAGUCUAGGAAAAGAAGCAGCAAAUAUCUCGGUUGUGCAGAGGAAGAUGCUGGACUCUUGAGUUAGAACAUAGGUCUGUACCGACUGCACUAAGAGUGGCAGAUUCUAGGCGCAGCCUUUCUCAACCUGUGGGUCCCCAGAUGUUGAACUACAACUCCCAUCACCCCUAGCUAGCAAGGCCAGAGCUCAGGGAUGAUGGGAGUUGUAGUCCAACAACAUCUGGGAUCCCACAGGUUGAGAACCGCUGCUAGGGUUUCAGACUGACGUGUUUUCCAUUACAAGCCAUAGAUGCCAGGGAUUGAACAUGGCACCUUCUGCAUGCCAAUACAGCUGUCCUUCCACUGAGCCCUUCUGGCUCUUGGACGUUUGGCCGUGGAAAUAAUGGCAUGUUGCUUAUUUCUGAAGCUUUAAUUUCCUCAGGAUGGAAACCAUCGACAGGUGUGAUCUGCAGUUAAUUCCACAAACCAAUCAUUUACUUUCGCUGUGGAACAAUGAAAACGGCGAUCUUUAUCUGCUUGCCUUGUCUAUAAAUCAAUAGUUCACUGGCUUUUGCUUUGUUAGCUCGGAAACUCUAGGGUCAGUCUAAUGUUAAUGCCCUUAAGAACAGAAUGAAAUUGAACAUAAUGGCAACAGCUGGAAGUUUUUGAAAAGUCUGUUGGCCCUGCCCAACUGCUUCACGGAAUAUGUGACCAUAUUAGCAUGUAUCCAAUACAGAAUGGUUGCUUACCAAAAGGGAAAAUAAGAUGGCCAAAGAGGGCACAGAUUUGCAUAAAAUUUGCAUAUAGUGAUGUAUGCGUGAAUUGAUGAACGUUUAGAAUUGGACUAGGACUGCCCUUUUUUAUGCAUGGUGAUUUGUGCUCCUGAUGGUACAGGGGCAGUUAUGCCUAGUCAGUACCUUUCGAACCUGCAAAAGUUUCAGGACAGACAUACGGCUUCAUUUUGUGCAUGCCCUGUAGCUGAAAUCCUGUGGCUUUUUAUAUCAUUAGUGCCUCGCACUUUCACUGCACCUUGGUGCAAGAGUGCACCAUCGAGACAGCAAUAAUGAAGUAGGCUUGGGGAAGCAUUGCAGGGAUGGGAACUACGAUUCAGUGUAAACAAGCGUACACGCAAAGGUGGAAAAAUAUAUAUCUUAAUUUCACAUUUUUCCUUUACAACAAUCCUGUGAGGUAGGCUAGGCUGAGAGAUUGUAAUUGGCUCAAGGUGACAGACGUAUAUGUGCAAAGGACGUACCUGUGUGCGGCAAGAUCAAAGGCGGGAGAAGCUUCUUGGUGUAGAAUGGGAUGCCCCUAUUUUCAUUGGAGAACUUUUGGAGGGUAUGUUAAUAUUGUUCAGCUUGGAGCAGUAGGAUGAAUAAAAACAGACACCCCCCCUCUGGGAAUGAAAAUCGUCUAGAUCAUAAAUAUGGUUUCAAAGCUUUACUAACAGAACUUUCUUCACAACAGACAUUAAGCAGUAGCGAUACAUCCAAAUAGUUGCAUAGAAUCAUGUUGUUGUGGAGGGCGCCAUUUUUGUUGGUAGACUACUGCAAUGCGCUCUACGUGAGGCUACCUUUGAAGGUGACCCAGAAACUGCAAUUAAUCCAGAAUGUGGCAGCUAGAUUGGUGACUGGGAGCGGCCGCCGGGACCAUAUAACACCAGUCCUGAGAGAUCUACACUGGCUCCCAGUAUGUUUCCGAGCACAAAUCGAAGUGUUGGUGCUGACCUUUAAUGCCCUAAAUAAUAAUAAUAAUAAUAAUAAUAAUAAUAAUAAUAAUAAUUACCCAUGCUAUACACCUGAGCUCACACACAGAUCCCCAGUCAGAAGUUGCUAGAUGUAAAAUAACUUGUAAAGAAAUGAAAGACAUGGAUAAUUUAGAGAGAUGAAAACUAUGGAGAAGAACGUAUUGAUAUGUAGUCUUAGAAAAAUUAUUUUAAGGACCUGUGCAGGGGACGGGGGGAAGUCAUGAGAUUCAGAGAAUCUCAUUUAUGGAUAUGUUCCAAAAGUUUUUCCUUUUCAUUAUUUUAAAUUGGUUCUUGUAAAAACCAAUAAAAAUAUUUUUAAAAGGAAAAAAAGCUGCUGUUCAACUCACCACUGCCCUUAUGUGACCUCCGACAUUACAAAAUGUGGCUUGCAACCUUGUCAUAAUCUUCAGAACCGUGUGGGGUGUUUUAAGAUUCCAGGGCCUCCAAGCAACCAUCUCUCUCCUUUAACCUGCAUUUCAGCUUUUAGGCAGGAAUUAGUUGCCCAGGGGGCAAGUUGUCAGUCGCCACAAACCUGGCUCUGUGGGUGAAGUAUCUUCUCCCUGCCCUCAGACUGACUGAUUCCCUCCAGCGUCACUUCUGCCUCAGUGUGCGUGGGGCAGCCAAAAUCAACUUGAUCCGUCCCUCCCUGGCUACAGACCCCAUUGCCCCUGACCACUGGCCAUUAUGCUAGUUAACGGACAAAUGGUUCCUAGGGCGGUGUUUCAGUGGGUGGGUCGACAUGGUGCAAAUGAAGAUGUCAUCUGGCGAUGGCGCCAUGCUGCUCUCCUGGCCACGGCAUCCCUCUCUACGUGUAAGUAACAGAGACCCGUACCUGACAGGAAGCGGCUCCAUCCAAUAAUAAUAAUAAUAAUAAUAAUAAUAAUAAUAAUAAUAUAUUAUUUAUACCCCACCCAUCUGGCUGGGUCUCCCCAGCCACCCUGGGCGGCUUCCAACAAAGUAUUAAAAUACAUUGGUCUGUUAAACAUUAAAAGCUUACCUAAACAGGGCUGCCUUCAGAUGUUGUCUAAAAGUCUGGUAGUUGUUCUUCUCUUUGACAUCUGAAGGGAGGGCGUUCCACAGGGCGGGCGCCACCACUGAGAAGGCCCUCUGCCUGGUUCCCUGUAACUUGGCUUCUCGCAGGGAGGGAACCGCCAGAAGGCCCUCGGCGUUGGACCUCAGUGCAGAACGAUGGGGGUGGAGACGCUCCUUCAGGUAUACUGGACCGAGGCCAUGGAAAUCCCACUUCUGCUGGCUGAGGUGGGUGGGAAUUGGCACCCAUUUCUGCUUCCUUUCCAUCAACGCAGCUGGAGCGAGUUACUAUUAUUAUUACCAGUGGUAUUUUUCUAGAAAGAGAGGUACCAGAACUCACCGUGAAUGCCUCCCUCGUCCUCUUCUAAGAGAACCAGGGAGAAUGAGGGGCAACGGCGCCCACUUGAGAGGUGCCAGAACUGAGUUCCUGUGAGUUCCAGCUGAAAAAACCAAUAAUAAUAAUAAUAAUACAUGAUUUAUAUACCGCCCUUAAUCAGAAGAUCCCAGGGUGGUGUACACAUUGCAGAACAUCAAGGAUAAAAGCAUAAUACAGUGGUACUUCGGGUUAAGUAAUUAAUUCGUUCCGGAGGUCCGUUCUUAAACUGAAACUGUUCUUGACCUGAAGCACCACUUUAACUAAUGGGGCCUCCCGCUGCCGCCGCGCCGCCGGAGCACGAUUUCUGUUCUCAUCCUGAAGCAAAGUUCUUAACCCAAGGUAGUAUUUCUGGGUUAGCGGAGUCUGUAACCUGAAGCGUAUGUAACCCAAGGUACCACAGUAAAAAGGAUACUGACAGACAGCCUAAUAAUAAAAUAGGUAAAGGUAAAUUGUAAAGGGACCCCUGAGCAUUAGGUCCAGUCACGGAUGACUCUGGGGUUGUGGCGCUCAUCUUGCUUUAUUGGCCAAGGGAGCCGGCAUACAGCUUCCGGGUCAUGUGGCCAGCAGGACUAAGCCACUUCUGGUGAACCAGAGCAGCGCAUGGAAACGCCGUUUACCUUCCCGCCUAUUUAUCUACUUGUACUUUGACGUGCUUUCGAACUGCUAGGUUGGCAGGAGCAGGGACCGAACAACAGGAGCUCACCCCGUCGCGGGGAUUCGAACCGCCAACCUUCCGAUCGGCAAGCCCUAGGCUCUGUGGUUUAUCCCAUAUCGUCAUAAUAACAGAGCUCUCGCUCUCACUUUUACAGGUCAAAGAUUAAUGAAUAGCCAUAAGCCUAGGUAAAGAGGAAUGUUUUUGCCCGGUACCUAAAGACAUGUAGUUAUGGCACCCCUAAGUAAUUACCAACACCCCUCGCAAGGCACUACCACCCAUUUUUGUAACCACUGGCAUAAAUCAUUGUUGGGUACUACCGUAUUGGCCUGAAUAUAAGCCUCCCAUUUUUUUUCCAAAUUCCAACCGUGAAAAGUUAAAGUGCGGCUGAAAUUUGCGAACUUACAAAAACUGGCUUUUACGAUAUCACUGCUGAAACAUAUGGUACAAUGGCACAGGUGUGAGUGCCUGCGAAUUUUAAGGGAGCUGCUUAUAUUCGGGAAUUGUCUUUUUUUCUUACCCGCCCCCCCCCCCCGAGUUUUAAAGAUGCAGUUUAUAUUCAGGUGUGGCUUAUAAUCGGGCCAAUACGAUAGGUCCCUCUCUGGAGAUUGCAGGAUGGGGAUGGAUUAUCUGCUUGCUACGAGUGCUUGAUUCUACCUAAAGGUCUGUUUGGAAGUAAACUGGGUGGCACAUGAAGAUGGCACAUGCUUCUCCUUUGAAAAGGAGCAAACUUUGCCAACCAGUGACUGCCCCCAUCCUGGGUAUCACACUGUCCAGGGGAAAGUGGGGUGACCAUGGUUGGUGGGAAGAAUGAAUAGCGGAAACGAGAUUGGAUUUGGGGGUUCCUCAAGUGUCAAAAUGAUUUGACGUCGUUUUUUAACUUCCCAGUUCGAGACACGCAUCCGAACAUGUGCAGUCAGUUCCAGCUGAAGCAUGAAGCCACCUACUCACAACAUCCUAACUUGGUGAGUGAAACCUGACUUAUUUUUCCAUCAUGAAAAGGUGUCAAAGGAAGAGGAAAAACCAUUGCUGUUGUUUAGUCGUGUCCGACUCUUCGUGACCCCCUGGACCAGAGCACGCCAGGCACUCCUGUCUUCCACUGCCUCCCGCAGUUUGGUCAAACUCAUGCUGGUAGCUUUGAGAACACUGUCCAACCAUCUCGUCCCCUUCUCCUUGUGCCCUCCAUCUUUCCCAACAUCAGGGUCUUUUCCAGGGAGUCUUCUCUUCUCAUGAGGUGGCCAAAGUCUUGGAGCUUCAGCUUCAGGAUCUGUCCUUCCAGUGAGCACUCAGGGCUGAUUUCCUUCAGAAUGGAGAGGUUUAAUCUUCUUGCAGUCCAUGGGACUCUCUAGAGUCUCCUCCAGCACCAUAAUUCAAAAGCAUCAAUUCUUCGGCGAUCAGCCUUCUUUAUGGUCCAGCUCUCACUUCAUACAUCACUACUGGGAAAACCAUAGCUUGAACUAUACGGGCCUUUGUUGUCAAGGUGAUGUCUCUGCUUUUUAAGAUAUUGUCUAGGUUUGUCAUUGCUUUUCUUCCAAGAAGCAGGCGUCUUUUAAUUUCGUGACUGCUGUCACCAUCUGCAGUGAUCAUGGAGCCCAAGAAAGUAAAAUCUCUCACUGCCUCCAUUUCUUCCCCUUCUAUUUGUCAGGAGGUGAUGGGCCCAGUGGCCAUGAUCUUAGUUUUUUUGAUGUUGAGCUUCAGAUCAUAUUUUACGCUCUCCUCUUUCACCCUCAUUAAAACCAUAGAGCCAUAGAUAUGGAAAGGGCACCUAGGAAAAACCAUAGAGCUGUAGAUUUGGAAAUGGCACCUAGUCCUCCCCACAUUGCAGUGUAGGUAUCUCAGCGAAAGCAUCCCUGAUAGAUGACCAUCUAACCUCUGCUUAGAAACCUCCAAGGAAGGAGAGUCCACAACCUCCCAAGGGAGACUGUUCCACUGUUGAACAGCUCUUACUGUCAGAAAAUUCUUCCUAACAUUUAGUCAGACACUCCAUUCUUGCAACUUGAAUCCAUUGGAUCUAGUACAGGCCUUCAGAGCAGCAGAAAACAAGCUCGCUCCAUCUUCCAUGUGCUAGCCUUUGAGAUAUUUGAAGAUGACCCUCAUAUCACCUCGGUCUUCUCUUCUCCAGGCUAAAGGUACUCAACUCUCUCAACCAUGCCUCUAGGUUGGACGGCCAUCUGUCAUGGAAGCUUUAGUUGAGAUUCCUGCAUUGCAGCGGGUGGACUGGAUGACCCUUGGGGUCCCUUCCAACUCUUAUGCUUCUAACAUUUUCUCAGCAGUUAACUCGGCUUUCCCCCCAAACCACUACAUCUCCCACUGUCCCCACAAACCACGAUCAACACCUGCAGCCAUUUCCCCACAAGGUGAUUACCUUGCCAGCCUGUUGCAUGGUGAUGCAGCUAUUCUCUCUGUCGCCGUGUGCUGUCAAUCACAAUGCCAUGGGAUAUGCAAGGACAGUGAUUAGCCAGCAGGCCCAGUACUGGGCCUGCUGGCUACUUGCACUGUCUACUAGCGCAUCACGGUGGUUUCGGAGGAAGAAUCGAAGGAACUGGUCACGUUUGGCAGUAGCUGGAGCGGCAAAAAGGCCAGUGAUAUUCUAUGUUUUCUUGCUGUGAAUAGAGGAGGAGGGGGGUGGAGUGGGGAACAGAAAGCAGAGCAUGAUGGAGACCAACUUCAGUCAGCAUUGCUGAUGUUUGGGGAAACUGGGUAAGGGAACUACUGUUAACGGAGACAUCUGAGGGCUCCCUUGGACAAAAAACAAGGACCCCAGCCAGGAAUACCAGAGCAAAACAGCAGCCAGUAGGCUUGGUCUUUAUUGAAGACUGUCGCAACAGGACUCCCACCUGCCACAAGGUGGAACAAGAUAGAAGCCCCAAACAAAAGAGAACCCAAACUUUUAUUAGCUGCUAAUCCCCAUGUUACACCCUCUCAAAAAUACAUCACGGUUACAUCAUGAAAGGGGAGGUCUGGUGGCAGUAAUCUGAGCAUCCUGGACCCUGCCCCAUGGUUCCCCUUGCUCUCCACCAAACACACAUCCAGUGUAAAUAUAUUUCCCUAUUUCCCAGCCAAGUUAAUCACACCCUUUUGUCUUCAUCUGGGUUGGUUAUUUCUGGAAUGGCUACCGGUCUGGCACUCAGGUAUCAGGAUGCCAGGAAUUAUCACUCAGGCAGAGGGGCUGCUGAGUAGCUGAGCUUGUAGCACCCUGCUUGUGGUUAACGCUUAGCUGGAAUGAAAUAUUCAACACAGCAAUAGAGAAAUUAAAAUAAUAAUUUAUUUGUCAGACAAAUAAACGAGAGACACAGUGGUAUAUGGAUACCAAAGCUCUGCCCACUCCAGCCCUGAUGGCCAGCACUUAUAUUUCCUCAGCCCAGCCCCUUGCUCCUCCUUUGGCUGCCUCUGUCCAAUCAGCCUGGUUGAAAUUCCUAUUGGCUGUUUGCUAGAACCAAUCAUAAAAGAUACACCCAUUUCCUAUUACCUUUUAUGAGAGACAAAGAGCUAUAUUUCCUUCUAUCCAUAAAUGGCAGACAAGUAGCCAUAUAUCUUACAUUUGCCUCGACAAGGCACCUUAAUUACCAGAUCAUCUUUGCCCUAUUGCCCUAUUACCCCUUCACUCCAAAACAGAUGGCUAAAACAGAUGGCUCAUGGUUUUAAUUUUUAUCUUAAACAGAGAUCUUGGGUUCACCUUCUCACACACCAUCAAUGAAAUAAGAAUCUAACAUAAGAAUCUAACAUUUCUUACUUUCUAAAUCCUUUGCAUAAUUACAUUAAGCCAAUAUAUUUCAUACAUUAACAUAUAUAGCUUUUUAGAAGGAAAGGAACUUAGUAAAAACAGUUUCCAAAAGCAACCCCUUAAAUUUACACCCCCCUUUCAAGCCAGCUGCUGUUCCUAUUAGCUCUUGCCCUUUAACCUUAUGAAAAUAUGGCUCAAGUCUAAUGGGAGGCAUCUAGUAUUUUCUGUUAAACAAUAAAUCUCACUAUUUACCAACUCUUAAUUGUGUUUUUGCAGCUUGAUUGUAUUCUGUAAUUUGUAUGGUCAGUAUGACCUUUUGCUCCCAGCCUGUAAUUUCCUUUUACAACUUUAAGGUACUGCUAUAGAUCAGGGGGGCCCUUGAUCAAGAAGAUAAACAACUGCCAGAGUACUCAGCCCAGCUGCUUUAUGUCUGGCAUAAAACAUACAAACAUUUGCAAAUAUAUUUUUUAAGCUCAUUUUAAAAUACAAGCCUUGAUCAGAUGCCUCAAGCUCACAUGUCUAUAUGAAUUUCUGAGGUUUUCCCAGUGAGCCAGUACAUAGAGACAUUGAUCAGUGAAUUGUCACAUUUGGUAUUGUGCAGCAAAGGCCCUUUGAAUAGAUAGGAAGAAACUGUGAUGAAGUGUUUUGUGGGGACAAAUCACAAAAGUCACAAAAGUGAUUGCGCUGAUUUUGGUAGUGGGCUGCAUGUGCAUGAUAUCUGCUGGAGGGGAAACCCCCCCCCCAACCUAUACAUAAAUUCCUGCAACACUACCAUCAGUUCCUUUUCCUGGUGUAGAAAAAUCUGGGGUUGGCUUUUACCCAGUGUCCCCAGUGACAAUAAGGCAGAUCUUUAUUUUUCUGUUGCGACAGAGUUGCCACCACCUUGACCAGGAGGUGAGGGCCCAGAACAGAGGUGUGCAGGAACUUUUGAAGACUUUAGAAAUUGCCCAGCCCUUUAGCCAAAGACUGCCCAAAAGCAUCAUGCACACAUCACAGAAAGACGCGGCCUACAACAGAAGUUUGUGUGUGGCUUGUCUGCUGCCUGCCAAGAUAAUCUGAUAACGUUUUACCAAUUGCAUUACUGGUCAGUCUUUUGACAUAGUAAAUGCCUUAGACCUUGAAUCCAGACCACAGCGGCAAAAUAUUCAUACACAAAAUUUGUAGGAUUUGCAAGUGAAAAUAACCACUGGGGGAGCUUUUUCCAAGGUAUUUCCUUCUGCAGAGGAAUAUUUGGGGGUCAUUAGGAGUUGAUGUGGAUUCAGGAUUGCUCUGGUGUUGUUUAGUCGUGUCCGACUCUUCGUGACCCCAUGGACCACAGCACGCCAGGCACUCCUGUCUUCCACUGCCUCCCACACUUUGGUCAAACUCAUGCUGGUAGCUUCGAGAACACUGUCCCACCAUCCUGUCCUCUGUCGUCCCCUUCUCCUUGUGCCCUCCAUCUUCCCCAACAUCAGGGUCUUUUCCAGGGAGUCUUCUCUUCUCAUGAGGUGGCCAAAGUAUUGGAGUCUCAGCUUCAGGAUCUGUCCUUCCAGUGAGCACUCAGGGCUGAUUUCCCUCCGAAUGAAGAGGUUUGAUCUUCUUGCAGUCCAUGGGACUCUCCAGAGUCUCCUCCAGCACCAGAAUUCAAAAGCAUCAAUUCUUUGGCGAUCAGCCUUCUUUAUGGUCCAGCUCUCGCUUCCAUACAUCACUACUGGGAAAAUCAUAGCUUGAACUAUACGGGCCUUUGUUGGCAAGGUGAUGCCUCUGCUUUUUAAGAUGCUGUCUAGGUUUAUCAUCGCUUUUCUCCCAAGAAGCAGGCACCAUCUGCAGUGAUCAUGGAGCCCAAGAAAGUAAAAUCUCUCACUGCCUCCAUUUCUUCCCCUUCUAUUUGCCAGGAGGUGAUGGGCCCAGUGGCCAUGAUCUUCGUUUUUUUGAUGUUGAGCUUCAGACCAUAUUUUGCACUCUCCUCUUUCACCCUCAUUAAAGGUUCUUUAAUUCCUCCUCACUUUCUGCCAUCGAGGUUGUGUCAUCUGCAUAUCUGAGGUUGUUGAUAUUUCUUCCGGCAAUCUUAAUUCCGGCUAGGGAUUCAUCCAGCCCAGCCAUGCUAUUUAAGACGUGUGGUUUAUAUGCCUGCGUAUUUGUGUUUAUCUUGUUCACUUCCAAGCAUCUGUUUUAUUUACGGCAGUGCUUAGGAUUCUUAUAACACUGGUUAAAAUGGUGCUGUCCUGUUCAAGCAUGACAAAGCCAAUAAUGUCUGAGGCCUUCUUCCCUUCUCAUUUUCCUUAUUUUAUUUUUCUCUCUCCUGGGGUAGGUCCAAUACUUCCUUCCAUUCACUGACGCCGAGUUCCAAGAGCGGCUUGAACAACACAAGGGAGAGAUCGCCAUCAUGCUAAGGUCCUCGGAGUUCAAUCAAGACAAAACUGCCUUGAUUGUGACUAACAACCCUCUUCCCCUCUUCAUAUCUGGACAACAGCUUUCAACGCCUUUCCAGUUUUUCCCUGAAGACAUCAGGGUAAGUUGGUUCUCCGACACGCAUACCUUGCUUAAAGUGAAAAGGGGAUUUCCCCACUUCUGACACCAUUUAGGGAGCUUUUAAUGUUUGAUGUAUGGUGGUACCUCGGAUUAAGUACUUAAUUCGUUCCGGAGGUCCGUACUUAACCUGAAACUGUUCUUAACCUGAAGCACCAUUUUAGCUAAUGGGGCCUCUUACUGCUGUCACGGCGCCAGAGCACGAUUUCUGUUCUCAUCCUGAAGCAAGGUUCUUAACCUGAAGCACUAUUUCUGGGUUAGCGGAGUCUGUAACCUGAAAUGUAUGUAACCUGAAGCAUAUGUAACCCGAGGUACCACUGUAUUACUGUAUUUUAAUAUUUGGUUGGAAGCCGCCCAGGGUAUAAUUUAUUUAUACCCCGCCCAUGGGAGGGGUAUAAAUUAUUAUUAUUAUUAUUAUUAUUAUUAUUAUUAUUAUUAUUAUUGUAUGGGGGGUCAAAGAGGUAACUCUGCGGCAUGACCUUACCACAAAAGGUGUCUCUAAACCAGGCAUAGGCAAACUCUGGCCCUCCAGAUAUUUGGGACUAGAAUUCCCAUCAUCUCUAGCUAAUGUGAUAGGAAUUUUGAGGUCUUAGAUAUAUGUUAAAUGUUCAUGGGUGUCCCAACCAAGCACAUACAUAGAUCAGCACAGGAAGACCAACCUGGAACCAUUUUGAUUUUCAAACUGUCCCAAUUUUUUUUCUCUGCAAGGUCAAAGGUGUUGUAAAUAAAAAUAUGCCCUUUUCCCUUAUGGGGUAUCCAAGAGCCCAUAUAGAGUCCUUACAUAGGUUCCCUAUUGGUAGGAGAAAAUAACAGAGGCCAACCAGAGAAUAUUGAGAAGCAAAGCAGCUAGUAAGCUUGAUCUUUAUUAAUCUGUUGCAACAGGGUGCUCCCCUCACACGCAGGAGAGGAAGAGGACCCCAAAAAUGCUAUGCAAGGGCUUAUAAAGACUUUUGAAAUUCCCAACCUCUAGAUAAAGACCACCCCCAGAAACAUUAUGCAUUCAUCACAGAAGGGUGUAACCUAAGACCACCCCUCAGAUAAGGCGGUCUAAAACAGAACAUUUGCAUGUUGUUUUCUCCUGUCACUUUGUUUAUUUCCUGUCUGGCAGGUUACUUGAUUGGAUUUCUUGGGGAGCCUUGGCAGUCUUUUGUAAUGAUAAGGCUCACACCCUUAUUCAAACACAGAUUAAGACAGGAUUUGUGAAGGAAGAGACAAUGGGGAGGCUUUUCCAUUUUUACCAUGCAGAGAAACAUUUGCUCAGUUUAGGAAUCAAAAUGGUUCCAGGUUGGCUUUCCUGUGCAUGAUCUAUGUACGUGUGGUUACUGGAACGUUGCCAUAUAUCUAAAACCAGUAAAUAUUCCAUCACAAAGGAAAAUGGAAACGCCUCCCCAUUGUUUUUUCCUUCACAAAUCCUGUCUUAAGGGUAUGACUGUGUUUGAACAGGGUGUGAGCCUGUGACCUGGCCCAGGAACUAAGUAUUUAUCAUUACAAAAGACUAGCCUGGCUCACCAGGAAAUCCAGUCAAGUAACCUGCCAGACAGGAGAUAAACAACGACAGGAGAAAACAACAUUCAAAUUUCUGUUUUAAGACCGCCUUUUCUGUGAUGUGGGUAUGAUGUAUCUGAGGGGUGGUCUUAGGUUACACCCCUUCUGUGAUGCAUGUAUGAUGUUUCUGGGGGUGGUCUUGAUCUACAGGGUGGCAAUUUCAAAAGUCCAUAUAAGGCCUUGUGUGCCAUUUUUCUGGGUUCCUGCUCUCUCCUGCGUGUGAGGGGAGCACCCUGUUGCAACAGAUCAAUAAAGAUCAAGCUUACUAGCUGCUUUGCUUCUCAAUAUUCUCUGGUUGGCCUCUGUUAUUCUCUCCUACCAAUAGGGAACCUAUGUAAGGACUCUAUAUGGGCUCUUGGAUACCCCAUAAGGGAAAAGGGCAAAUUUUGUUUACUACACUAACAGGACCAGUGGUCAGGGAUGAUGGGAAUUGUAGUCCCAAACAUCUGGAGGGCCGGAGAUUGCCUAUGCCUGCUCUAAACCGGCCUUCCCUAAUCCCAGAUCCCUAUGUAUUGUGGGACUACCAAACCCAUUACCCUGACCACCAUUCACACUGGCUAUGGGAUGAUGGGGUUUGUAGUCCCAACUGCAUGACAGAAGUUUAUAAAAUUGUGCCUGGCAUGGAGAAAGCAGAUAGAGAAAAGAAAAGCUCUUUCUUCCUCUCUCGUAACUCUCACAAUCAUAUAAGUCUCCAUCUUCUCCAGAGCUUUCCCCAAUCAGGGACUGUGCCUUUUAUUUUACCUUGGAACCACAGUAAGGAAAAGAAAAGUAUAUACAGUAAACCGAAAACCAAAAGAAACCCUUAUCAAGAGCUUCUUCGGAAGUCAAUCAUUAGCAAGAAUAAACUAACCAAAAUCAAUUAAAAUAACUUCUUACAUAGAAUGUUCCCACGCAGAGUAAAGACAGCCAUGUCCCGGAUGGACCUCCUUUUCUUUCACCCCGUCAUUUCGCCAAAUAAAUUCCAAAAAUAAUAAUUUCUUUGCCUGUCAACUGUUGCAGGAAUUUAUGUAUAGGUGGGGGGGUUGCCCCUCCAGCAGAUAUCAUGCACAUGCAGCCCACUACCAAAAUCAGCACAAUCACUUUUGUGAUUUUUGUGAUUUGUCCCCACAAAACACUUCAUCACAGUUACUUCCUAUCUAUUCAAAGGGCCUCUGCUGCAGGAUACCAAAUGUAAUAAUUCACUGAUAAAUGUCUCUAUGUACUGGCUCACUGGAAAGACUUCAGAAAUUCAUAUAGACACGUGAGCUCAGCUACCCAGCAGCCCCUCUGCCUGAGUGAUAAUUCCUGGCAUCCUGAUACCUGAGUGCCAGACAGGUAGCCAUUCCAGAAAUAAACUCAGAUGAAGACAAAAGGGUGUGAUUAACUUGGCUGGGAAACAGGGAAAUGUAAAUAUCUCUUUUGUUCCACUUGAUGGGUGUUUGCUGGAGGGCAAGGGGAACCAUGGGGCAGGGUCCAGGAUGCUCAGAUUCCUGCCACCAGACCUCCCCUUCCAUGAUGAAACCAUGAUGUAUUAGUGAUGUAGUUGGGGGGGGGUGUAACAUGGGGAUUAGCAGCUAAUAAAAGUUUGGGUUCUCUUUUGUUUGGGGCUUCCAUCUUGUUCCACCUUGUGGCAGGUGGGAGUCCUGUCGCGACAGUCUUCAAUAAAGACCAAGCCUACUGGCUGCUGUUUUGCUCUGGUAUUCCUGGCUGGUGUCCUUGUUUCUUGUCCAAGGGAGCCCUCAGAUUCCUCCGCUAACACAGCUAUAUUUUCGUUGCUUUAAAGUUUUGGAGAGGUUACCGCUUCAAUGCUUGGAACUUGAGGCUUCCCAUUGUGGAGUUGAGCUGGAGCCUUGCAUUUUGGCUCAAUUCUUCCUACUCCACACACGCACACACCCUACAUGGGAAGACAAGAGAGCUUGAAAAAAUACACAGCUGGACCCUUCGGCACCCAAAGGACCCCUUUGGGUUUUUUAAGGGGUGCACGGCACCCUCAUGCUCCCCCUAUCCCUCUCGCAAUGGUAGAGUCAGUCCUCCGGCUCUGAUUCUUCUUCAUUGGGGUUCCCCAGCUGUUUCCUCCCACCAUUCCUCUUCGUCCAACCAGUCCAUGACACAGAACUCGAACCCAGCACUCCUGCCAUCGUACCGCCCUCCCUGCCUCAUCCCCUCCCAGGACCCACCUGUGGGAUUCUUCUGCUCCGACCUGCUGAUGAGCUGCCAGUAUCAUGAAGGUUACCAAGCCUUUAUAUCGGGGAUCAGCAACCUUUUUCAGCCGUGGGCUGGUCCACCGUCCCUCAGACCAUGUGGUGGGCCGGACUAUUUUUUUUGGGGGGGGGGGGAUGAAAGAAUUCCUAUGCCCUACAAAUAACCCAGGGGUGCAGGUGGCGCUGUGGGUUAAACCACAGAGCCUAGGACUUGCCGAUCAGAAGGUCAGCGGUUCGAAUCCCCGCAAUGGGGUGAGCUCCCAUUGCUUGGUCCCUGCUCCUGCCAACCUAGCAGUUUGAAAGCACGUCAAAGUGCAAGUAGAUAAAUAGGUACCGCUCCGGCGGGAAGCUAAACGGUGUUUCCGUGCGCUGCUCUGGUUCGCCAGAAGCGGCUUAGUCAUGCUGGCCACAUGACCCGGAAGCUGUACGCCGGCUACCUCGGCCAAUAAAGCGAGAUGAGCGCCGCAACCCCAGAAUCGUCUGGGACUGGACCUAACGGUCAGGGGUCCCUUUACCUUUUACAAAUAACCCAGAGAUGCAUUUUAAAUAAAAGUGCACAUUCUACUCAUGUAAAUUCCCUUUCCUGGGGGGUUGUCUGUAUGAAUCUGUAUUUUAUUCUGAAUCCAUGUUAUGGGUCGUUGGACCGUAAUAAAGAUGAUGAUUAUUACUCAUGUAAAAACACCAGGCAGGCCCUAUAAAUAACCCAGAGAUGCAUUUGAAAUAAAAGGAUGCAUUCUACUCAUGUAAAAACACGCUGAUUCCCAGACCAUCCGUGGGUUGGAUUGAGAAGGCAAUUGGGCCGGAUCCGGCCCCCGGGCCUUAGGUUGCCUACCCCUGCUUUAGAUUUAACCAGAGCUUCACAAUUGCAAUAAAUUUAUUGCGUAUCUAAAAGACAGCUGUAAAAAUUUAAAAACACGAGCAGGACUGAAGUAGCUCCUACAAUGUAAAACAGAUAAGAUGUGAGUAUAAAAUACGCGAAAAAGUGUGAUAAAGGAUACCAACUGAAGGGAUGGAGGGAAGCCAUAGCUCGGCAGAGCAAAAGGGUUAUAUUUUGAUGUAUGUAUGGAUUGUUGAAAAAAAAGAUUAUGUAAAGAAAAUAAUAAAAAAUCCGAGACCAGGGAGAAGAGUCGGUGGAAGAAGAUUGGAAGAAAUUUAAAGACUAUUUACAGAAAUACUGCAAAAUCAAUGAAUGCUAGAAUGAUGUUGGAUUGAAGUUAAGUGGUUUCUAGCUGUAAUGGUAUAAAAGAAUAUGAAAAAUGGAUUUUUAACAGGUAAAAAUUUAAUGUUAUAAUAUAUUAAGAUUAAAGAUCAGGAUAAAUUAAGGAGGGAAAGGAAUUGCUGAACUAAUAAAUUGAACUGGAAUACAAAAAAGGGAGGUCCGGGAAACAAGCAAAUGAAAGAUAAAUGAUAGAAAGGUUGAAUUGUUUUUAACUAUUUUUAUUUUGUAUUUUUUCUUCUUUUUCUUUUUUCAUUUUGUAAUAUUGUGAAAACCUUAAUAAAUAUUUAUUUAAAAAAAAAAGAAAAUAAUAAAAAAUUAUAUUAAGAUUUAACGAGAGCUUCUUUUGCUAAUCCACCUUCCAUUUAGAGGAAAAACCAACCGGAUUCGGACCACUUACCCCCAGUGCAAGCCCAAAAGAGCCAACUGAGUCCCAGCAUCAGAAAGCUGAGGAAACCUGCAGAGUUCAGGUAAGGCCACAGCUCUUUCCCUUGGAAAAAGAACGGGCGUUGUGCUUGAACACACAUUGCUUCAAGGUGGUUUUCCGUGCGUCUGAAAUGCCCAGCGCUCUAAACCAGCCUUCCCCACUGAGCGCCUACAACUCCCAUCAGCCCCUGGGAGUGUCAUCAAUCAGAAUGUACAGAUGCCUUGCCUCUUCUGGAAUGGCUGUACAGUGGUACCUCGGGUUAAGUACUUAAUUCGUUCCGGAGGUCUGUUCUUAACCUGAAACUGUUCUUAACCUGAAGCACCACUUUAGCUAAUGGGGCCUCCUGCUGCUGCCGCGCCGCUGGAGCACGAUUUCUGUUCUCAUCCUGAAGCAAAGUUCUUAACCUGAGGUAAUAUUUCUGGAUUAGCGGAGUCUGUAACCUGAAGCGUCUGUAACCUGAAGCAUAUGUAACCUGAGGUACCACUGUAACUGUAUUUGAUUCAUCUCCCAAUAAGGGAUAGGAUUUAUCUAGAAUUUGGUGGGUGAUCAGUUUAUCAUUCAGGAUGUAUUUCAGACCCUCCAAGUGCCCCUAAUCUCCAGGGACCGUCCUGGAUUUACAGAAGCUGUCCCAGUUUCUGAUUUGAUCCCAGAAUGUCCCGCUUUUCCUUUGUUGUUGUUUAGUCAGUUAGUAUUGUCCAACUCUUCGUGACCCCCUGGACCAGAGCACGCCAGGCACUCCUGUCUUCCACUGCCUCCCGCAGUUUGGUCAAACUCAUGCUGGUAGAUUUGAGAACACCGUCCCACCAUCUCGUCCUCUGUCAUCCCCUUCUCCUUGUGCCCUCCAUCUUUCCCAACAUCAGGGUCUUUUCCAGGGAGUCUUCUCUUCUCAUGAGGUGGCCAAAAUCUUGGAGUCUCAGCUUCAGGAUCUGUCCUUCCAGUGAGCACGCAGGGCUGAUUUCCUUCAGAAUGGAGAGGUUUGAUCUUCUUGCAGUCCAUGGGACUCUCAAGAGUCUCCUCCAGCACCAGAAUUCAAAAGCAUCCAUUCUUCGGCGAUCAGCCUUCUUUAUGGUCCAGCUCUCACUUCCAUACAUCACUACUGGGAAAACCAUAGCUUUUCCUUAGGAUGUCCCUAUUUUCACAGGAGAAACAUUGGAGGGUAUGGGAGUUAUGUGACCCCCGAGCCAAGGAAAUAAGUAACUAAACAACCUUUAGAAGACAUCUGAAGGCAGCCCUGGAUAGGGAAGUUUUAAAAUAUUUAAUGUUUUGUUACGUUUUUGUAUAUGUUGCUUGGGCACCUCAGUCAGACGUGCGGGGCAUAAGUAGAAUACAGUUGUACCUUGGAAGUCAAAAGGAAUCCGUUCCAGAAGUCCGUUCGACUUCCAAAACGUUCAGAAACCAAAGCGCAGCUUCUGAUUGGCUGCAGGAAGCUCCUGCAGCCAAUCAGAAGCCCCAUCUGACAUUCGACUUCCAAAAAUAGUUCGCAAACCGGAACAGUCACUUUUGGGUUUGCAGCGUUCGGGAGCCAAAACGUUUGGGAACUAAGCUGUUCCAAAACCAAGGCACAACUGUAAUCAUCAUCAUCAUCAUCAUCAACCUCAUCAUCAUAUAGUUAUUAUUGUUAUUGUUGUUGUUGAUGUUGUGGAAUGGGACAUCCCUAUAUUCAUUGGAGAAAUGUUGGAGGGUGUGGUAUUUAAAGUUUGGUCAUAGGUCAGUAAAUGAUGCUUGAUAAUUUUUUUGCUAAGGAUGUCCAGCCACAACAAACUGAACAUAUGGAUGGCUAUGUACACACUGCCAUUCAUACUGCACUUCUGCCAUUGGUUUAGGAAGAUGUGUACACGUGAUGCCACAAUCCGUAUCUAUCUGGUCAUUUCUUAGGAAAUGCAGUGUCUUGUUGCAUUUCCCCCUUCCUGCAAAGCAACACCCAUCCAAAUUGUGUUUUAAGUCAUGAUGAGGAUAGUGGUAAAAGGUGAUACCUUGGUUCUCGAAUGCCUUGGUACUCAAACAACUUGGAACCCAAACGCUGCAAGCCCAGAGGGAAGUGUUCCGGUUUGCGAACUUCUUUUGUAAGUUGAACGUUCUCCGUUUUGAGUGUUACGCGUCCGACCUGAGUGCCACACUUCCAGUUUCAGUGCUACACUUCUGUUCUGUUUUGAGUGUUAUGCUGUGGUCUGUUUUUGCUAUUUAUUUUGCGUUUUUGCGGCUCUUUUUGCUUUGUUUUUGUGACUGUGGAACCCAGUUCAGCUACUGAUGGAUUGAUUGUAAGACCUCAGUACAUUGUUUAUUGCUUUCAUUUUAUGGAUGAAAUUCAUCUUCAAUUGCUUUUUCAGGGGUUGUUUUUAAAAGUCUGGAACGGAUUAAUCCAUUUUGCAUUACAGUAGUACCUCUGUUUACAUAACCCUCUGGUUACGUUAACUUUGGGAUGCAUGCAUGGCAAACCCAGAAGUAUUUUACCAGGUUUCGCCGCGUGUGCAUGCACAGAAGUGGUCCUCAGGUUGCAGAAACUUCAGGAUCUGACCGGACCUCCAGAAUAGAUCCCAUCCGCAACCGGAGGUACCGCUGUACUUUCUAUGGGAAAGCACGCCUUGGUUUUGAAACGCUUUGGUUUUGGAAUGGACUUGCGGAACAGAUUAUGUUUGAGAAGCAAGGGACCACUGUACUGAGGUUAUUUUAAAGACUUGAGUUGAGAAUCUUCAAAAGUGAAUUCAUAAGUUUAGAAGUCAUAUUAUUUAGAAGAAAGAUGCAUGCCUCCCUGCUGAUAUCUUGGGAAUAUUUAGACACAAUGAGAUAGUUUAGCAUGUGAGCCAGAUCUUCGACGCAGCUGGGUUAUUAUCUUCACUUGGUAAGAUUCUCCAAAAACUUUAUUAAAAGAAUCUCUGAAAUUUGGCCACAGAAGCUUCUUACCGUCGGCCAAUACUACUGACUAGCAUGGAGCAACUUAUUGCAAGAGUUGUCUAGACAUGUGACACGGAAAAUGUCCUGCUGAAAAUUCUUUGUACAGUGGUACCUCGGGUUAAGUACUUAAUUCGUUCCGGAGGUCCGUACUUAACCUGAAACUGUUCUUAACCUGAAGCACCACUUUAGCUAAUGGGGCCUCCUGCUGCUGCUGCACCGCCGAAGCACGAUUUCUGUUCUCAUCCUGAAGCAAAGUUCUUAACCUGAAGUAUUAUUUCUGAGUUAGCGGAGUCUGUAACCUGAAGCGUAUGUAACCUGAAGCAUAUGUAACUUGAGGUACCACUGUAACUAGAAAUGAUUAAGAGCAUCAUAUGGUUGUGUGCUUUGUUUUCCCGUUUUGUUAGAAAACUUAUUUGUUCAUUAAUGCAAAUAGAAUAUAAAUGGAAAGGUUCUCCUGUACUCAAAUAAUUAUGGAUUUUAUUUUAUUUUUUAUUCAUCUACAUAUAUGUGUGUGUGUGUGUUGUUGUUGUUUAGUCGUUUAGUCGUGUCCAACUCUUCGUGACCCGCUGGACCAGAGCAUGCCAGGCACUUCUGUCUUCCACUGCCUCCCGCAGUUUGGUCAAACUCAUGCUGGUAGCUUCGAGAACACUGUCCCACCAUCUCGUCCUCUGUCGUCCCCUUCUCCUUGGGCCCUCAAUCUUUCCCAAUAUCAGGGUCUUUUCCAGGGAGUCCUCUCUUCUCAUGAGGUGGCCAAAGUCUUGGAGCCUCAGCUUCAGGAUCUGUCCUUCCAGUGAGCACUCAGGGCUGAUUUCCUUCAGAAUGGAUCGGUUUGAUCUUCUUGCAGUCCAUGGGACUCUCAAGAGUCUCCUCCAGCACCAUAAUUCAAAAGCAUCCAUUCUUCAGCGAUCAGCCUUCUUUAUGGUCCAGCUCUCACUUCCAUACAUCACAUAUGUAUAUGUAUGUAUAUAUGUAUGUAUGUACAUACAUACAUACAAACAUACGCAUCACUUCCUACUUUACAUGAGCUGGGAUAACUCAGUCAAUAGAUAUUGGGACUCCUGAUCUCACAGUCAUGGGUUCAAGCCCCACAUUGGGUAAAAGAUUCCUGCAUUGCAGGGGGUUGGACUAGAUGACGCUCGUGGUCCCUUCCAACUUUACAAUUCUAUACUAGAACAUAAGACCUCUACGGGGUUUACAGUACAGUAGUCUAAGAUAUUAAUUAAAAAUACCAUAAAGAGCAACAUUGAAAACGAGCUAUGUAUGAUUUUUUAAAAUAUAUAUCAUCAGUAAUUUUAAAACAUUUAGACUUACUGGAAUAACGUGUUAAUAUUGCAUGCUAAAAUUACAUGCCUAGGCAGGCUUGCUGGAACAAAACAUUAGUUAGCGGGGCUCUUUCCGGUGGUCCGGCUGGCUGGUUCUUAGAGAAUUCUAUGCAGGCUGCAAAGUGUCCUGUCUUUACCUCCUGCACUGCCAUAUGGUUAUGUGGUCUAAACCACUGAGCCUCUUGGGCUUGCUGAUCAGAAGGUCGGCGGUUCAAAUCCACAUGACGGGGCAAGCUCUUGUUGCCCUGUCCCAGCUCCUGCCAACCUAGCAGUUCAAAAGCACACCGGUGCAAGUAGAUAAAUAGGUACCACUAUGGCGGGAAGGUAAACAGUGUUUCCGUGCGCUCUGGCUUUCAUCACGGUGUUCUGUUGUACCAGAAGUGGUUUAGUCCUGCUGGCCACAUGACCCGGAAAGCUGUCUGUGGACAAACGCCGGCUCCCUCGGCCUGAAAACAAGAUGAGCGCCGCAACCCCAUAGUCACCUUUGACUGGACUUAACCAUCCGGAGGGACGUGGGUAGCGCUGUGGGUUAAACCACAGAGCCUAGGACUUGCCGCUCAGAAGGUUGGCGGUUCGAAUCCCCGCGACAGGGUGAGCUCCCAUUGCUCGGUCCCUGCUCCUGCCAACCUAGCAGUUUGAAAGCACGUCAAAGUGCAAGUAGAUAAAUAGGUACCGCUACGGCGGAAAGGUAAACGGCAUUUCUGGGCGCUGCUCUGGUUCGCCAGAAGCGGCUUAGUCAUGCUGGCCACAUGACCCAGAAGCUGUACGCUGGCUCCCUCAGCCAAUAAAGCGAGAUGAGUGCCGCAACCCCAGAGUCAGUCACGACUGGACCUAAUGUUCAGGGGUCCCUUUACCUUUAACCAUCGAGGGGUCCUUUACCUUUAUGUGCACUGACUUGUACUUGGUCAACUUCAGAGCAAAGCGUGUGCCCUUUUGCCCUGGUCUCCACCUGGCUCAUAGCUACGCAGAGUACUCACAAUGCCUGGAUUGUGUCAUCCACCACCGUUCCAUAGUGACAUUUGGGCUUUGGCAAGGACCAUCAGCUUUCUCUGCCAGAAGGUCCCCAGAGCAUUCAGGAAUCCAUUGGGUUACAUCUGUCUCCAGAUGUGGUCUAGCUGAGCGAGCCCUCCACCCUGUCAGCGGGGAAUUACCACCACCAAGCCAAAUUCCAAACGCAAAGUGAUUGCUGUUUGGAACCGAAACCAAGUCUGCCACCGAAGCCGUUUUAAGGUGUAUCUUUGUGGAAAUGUGUUCAAUACCUGCAAACAGCAAACUGGCAGACCCAAUCUAGCACCUUUCAACACAUCCAGCACAUGGUGAGGUUCAGGGACAGGGAGAACACAGAUCAGGAUUUAUCUGAAGAUCUGUGGAUCUAAAACGGGGGUGGGGUGGGGGACUGGAUCCAAGCCGUGGGCCAGAUCCCUCAGUGCCCCACCCUCCAUAUGCCACCUUCAGUUACCUGAUGUCCUAAAUAAAGACAUCACGUAAACAGACACCUGUCAGAGCUGCUGAUGGUUGCAGCGACCUCCUCUGAAGGUCCAUUUUCAGUGCCAAUCAGCUGAUUCGUGGCGGGAGGUUUUCUCCACUAGCACACAGUAGUUUGCAUGAAAACCCUUUGGUAAUAAUGAGCUUAUUCUAGCAACUGUUUUCCAUGCAAACCAUUUCAAAACCGAGCCUCUCAGCUUCCCUAGGGAACAUUAUUAUUAUUAGUAGUAGUAGUAGUAAAGUUUUUUAAUUAUAAUUUUAUUUUAUAAUGUAUAUAAAAUAGGUACCGCUCCGGCGGGAAGGUAAACAGCGUUUCCGUGAGCUGCUCUGGUUCGCCAGAAGCAGCUUAGUCAUGCUGGCCACAUGACCCGGAAGCUGUACGCCGGCUCCCUCAGCCAAUAAAUGAGAUGAACGCCGCAACCACUGAGUCGGCCAUGGCUGGACUUAAUGGUCAGGGGUCCCUUUACCUUUACCUUAGACAUAAGGCUGCAUAGGGUACCCAGCAUGGGACCAUAAAAAUCUUGAAGAGGAAAGUUGCCUGCACACGUUCUACCAGCUGGGUAAACCCUGGCAGCCAGACUGGAAUACCAUAGAGCAAUUGAGCUAUAAUUUUGGCGUUGAAGACCUUAAGGGCCCUUGUUGUGAAAAAAACAUGGCCUGCAUAGACAUCUUACUGGCAUUCACUGCCAUUGCACGGUGUGAGGACUAUAGAAACCUAUGAUACCACUGGAGGGGAGGGGGAGAGGGGAUUUUCAUUAACGAAGUAAACUUGAUUGAUCCCUACUGAGCAACCUUACUCCACCCCGCAAGCAGGUUCUCCAGAGAUAAGGAUUUCACCAGCGAAGCCCAUUUUUCAAAAAAUUACGCGGAGAGGCGCUUGCUGAGAAUGUACCCCCAGCUCCGUAAGCACAUGAGGCUUGGUAAGCAGUCUUCCUUUACUCAAAGAAUACGAAGAGGUGGAGGGGAGGCCUACUCGAUACAGGAUAUCUACAGCUGCAGAGGUUUAGCAGACCUCUAGGUAAUGGGCUCCAUGGCCAAACUGUUCUGACCUAUUAAGAGGCUUUUCUAAUGCUGAACCGACAGCUAAGCUCAAGGGAGGAAAGGACAUUUUCUGGGCUCCGUGAAAGUGCAAAUGCUUUAUACGCACAGCAGGCCAAGUUCAAUGGGGAACCCGUGGCCCUCUAAACAUUGUUGAACUCCACCUCCCAACAUCCCUGACCACUCACUGGCCAUGUUGGCUGGGUCCUGGUGUCCAGAGAACUAUAAGUUCUCCCCUGCCCACAGAUCCUCAGCUGCCUGUACUGUGUCUGCGGUGCUUCCUGCCUCUGAUUCCUCUCUCUCACUUAAGCCUGUUGCUUGUUCAGCACCCAACCAUUCUGCCCUCCCGCUUGGUCCUCUGACCAGAGUCCCACCACCGCUCCCUGGCCCUCAUCCGUCCUCCUCUGAGGCUUCCCUAAUGGGUUCUCUGGCUGCAGCCUCCAACCACUCCUCAUCGUCCGGUCAGUCCCAUGUUUUAUGGUCCAAAACAUCUGGAGGUCACCAGUUGGGGGGAGAAGAACAUGGUGUACAGCUCUGGCCUGCCCCAUCUUACGCUCUGAGAGCUGUCUGCAUGGGUCAGUCUCACCUGUGCUAUUGGUUUGUUUGUGCUUCCAGGUACAAACGAAAUGGAACCCCUCCCCAGUAUCCAAGGCUGGUCCCCCAAAGCAACGCAUUGGGAGCCUCUGACCAUCUCGUGCUUGACGGAAACAAGGCGCACUAUUAAUGUACCAGGAGAAGAUGGCUUCAGGUAUGGGAGAGCCCCGCUCUGGAUUGUCGACAGCUCGGUUGUACCUAAGUAUGCCAAAUAAAAGCCUUCUGCUGACUCUGCA